AUGGGCUGUCACUCCAAGUCUCUCCUGAGGGUCCAGUGGAGGGAUCACCAGCAAUGGCUUGAAAAGCAUGGGUAUCUCCUUCGCCCUCGCCUCCGACCUGGCUGGGUACCCUCCUGGACGGGUACCAAGAAACUUUGGGUCUUCUACGCCAUACGUAUGUCAAACGGCGAAGUCGUUGUUAUCAAACGUAUUUCCAAGAGCACAAAUCCGUACGAAGUUGACAUUUCUCGCAUGUUCUCUGCUGGGCUCCUCGCCUCGGACCCUCGCAAUCACUGCGUGCCCGUCUACGACAUUCUGCAAUCCCCGCUUGACGAUGACAUAGUCUUUAUCGUCAUUCAAUCCCUUCGCCCGUUCAACGCUCCGCGUUUUGGCACCAUGGGGGAAGCUCUCGAAUGCAUACGGCAAUUUAUAGAGGGCCUCCAAUUUAUGCAUGAAUAUCGCGUCGCUCAUCGUGACAUCAAGAGGAACAACGUGAUGAUGUCCCCCGUACCAUUUCUGUCAGAGAUACCGCACCCCAUCUUCGACAAAAAGAGCUAUGAUUUCCGUCGCAAGAUCACGCGCACCACGCGCACUGCGGCGCGACCCAAAUAUUGCUACAUCGACUUCGGAAUCUCGCUACGGACCGUUCCUAAGUUCCAGGACUCCGACAAGCCGCAUGACCCAUUCCCUACCGACGUGUACUAUCUAGGCGAACUCUUUCGGCAGCAUUUCAUCCUUAAAAGCCAUGGGUUCGAGAUAUUGGAGUCGUUGGUAGCGGAUAUGAUCCAAACGGAUCCUUCCAGGCGGCCUACCAUGGAAGAAGUCGCUCAGCACUUCAGCAAGAUCCUCGCUGACAUGAGCCCAUGGAAGCUACGCUCACGCAUCGUUCACAGGGAGGAGUUUGCCAUCACUGGAUUUUUCAGAGCCAUUGGCCACGUGUUCCGGACGAUGCGUUACGUCGCAUCGAGGACACCCCUUCUUCCCACUCCUCCUCCAUAA